AUGAGCUUACCCCUCGAUCCCAAGCCUUUCUCCAGUGGACCAACAGGAAAGCCAGGAAUGGGGAGUCGGUGGGGAAUGGGGGACAGAGCUCACCUGGUACCUGGAGACUUGAACAUGCAGCGUGCAGACGCAGAGGAGCACACGGGUGGAGCGCUGUCUGCACAUUUGAUGAGAUUUCAAAAGGUGGAAUAA